AAAAUACAUUUUUAUCUGGAGUCAUUCCUAACAAAACACAACAAGGAUUACAAUGAGGGGGUGCUCGAUAGCAAUUGUGGCUCUUGUCUUGGUCGGAACAAGGGACUCGUAUACAGUCGGAAUUAAGGUUGGAAAUGGUGGACCAAUGAACACCGUAAGGGACGCGCUGUUAAUAGACACUGAUGCACCUAAAGAUGCGAAACCGACAUGCGAAGUUUUGAGCAGUUUCUACACAGUAGCGUCAAAAGAUAUGCCUUCGUCUGCUUGUUUGCCACUUGUCGUACUAACACAAAUUGAGUGCAAACACACUAUGAGGAGUUGUAGUCAGUGUGCCGUUGACAAGGAUGCCUCCAUUCCGGUGUGUAUCCAGACGUAUGGGAACCAUUGGGUACCACUAUUCUGCACGGGUGGCAUACGUUGGACAUUCGUACGUGUCCCAUCCGGAUGUAGCUGUUACAAAGAUGUUAACAAAAAGAAAUAAAUAGAGUUUGCAUAUACUAGGAUUGUCUAAUAGUAUAUAAUCAAUACUUCGAAUGGAAUGUGGUUUGGACAAAUCACUUGACUACACCUUACAUGUAUCGAGUUAAUGUGGGAUGAGAGACAUUCAUUAUAUUAUGACAUUUAACCACGGACUUGUGAAUGAACAUUCGAAAAUCAUCAUAGUAGUGGCUAAAGGAUUGAUGUGAAGAUAAACAUCGCUGCCGUGUCUGUCUCUCAGGGUUUAAAUUCAUUCUGAUACUCAACCUCAUCGUUCGUUUUUGCAAAUAGUUCUCCUGAAAACCGUCCAUCGCUCUAUUGCAAAACAAAUUUUGCUUUUGUCGCGAUUGAUGUGAUCCACAUUCAACCAGUCAUUCUCCUUUUAACCACUUUCUGCCUAAUCGGACUACCGAAUAGCCAUUCUAUAUUUUACAACAAUAAUAUGGAUAUGGAAAUAUCUGAAAAACUGAAUAAAUGACAUGUUAACCAAGAAAUGUGUCUGAAAGAGAUAAUAAGUUCAUUAAAAUAUUAAUUAGAAGAUGCGCAUAAAAUUAUGCAAAAAUGAUGACGUACUUCGCA